CAAGAAAUAAACAGUACAUUUUGCUAGUUUCAGUCUUUUAUAUAGUAAACAGAAAUAAAUUUGUAAUUUUAUCAGCUGCUUAGUGUUUCAGUCCUGCUGUGGUGGAAUUUAGUAAUCGCAAAUUGGUAUUAAAAAUGCGUAUGGCAAUAAAAAAAAAUAUGAAUUGAUAAAGGAACUUGAAGAAAUGGAAAGGUUGACUAAUCAAUACAGAAUGAGGAAUGAAUGCAUGAUGAACUUUGCAGCUGUUUCAUUUUUACGGUUGAUAAUGAAUAAAAACAGAGUUUCGUUUCAUAUUAUGCUUGUUUCAUAGCGGAGCUGUCACUAAUUAUUUUUAUUUCAGCGCUGUUGAGGAAGAAUGAUUAUAGUAGCGUUGCCCAAUACAGGUAUGACAGCUACCUAAUUUCUUUGGAUGACUUGUUUUGAACCCUGCUCCCCGGUUCAGAAGCCACUUAGUACAUACCUUUAAUAAUCGUAAACAUAGGGCUGAAGAUAGUUUUCAGCUUAUUCGAAAUGUCUGUUGGUAAAACAAGAAAACUUUUGGAUGUAGCUCGCUUUAGCAGGAGUCCGUUAUGUCACUUUCAACACAGAUCAGUUUAUACGCAUUCGCAGCUCCCAGAAACACACAAAAUGCUUUAUAAAUCUGUCCGCGACUUCGCUGAAGCCGAGCUGAAACCACUGGCUUCAAAGUUCGAUCGUGAGCACUUGUACCCGGGUGAUCAGAUAAAGAAGAUGGGAGAAUUAGGCCUUAUGGCUGUAGAGGUUCCAGAGGCUUUAGGAGGAACUGGUUUAGACUAUCUUGCGUAUGCCAUUGCCACAGAAGAAAUAUCAAGGGGUUGUGCUUCUGCAGGAGUAAUAAUGAGUGUCAACAAUUCUCUGUACCUUGGACCUAUUCUCAAAUUUGGUACACAGAAGCAGAAAGAAAAAUUUAUUACCCCAUUCACUACAGGUCAGCAUGUGGGCUGCUUCGCUUUGAGUGAACCAGGAAAUGGAAGUGAUGCUGGUGCAGCAUCUACUACAGCUCGUAAACAAGACAAAGGAUAUAUUCUCAAUGGUACAAAGGCAUGGAUUACCAAUGGUUAUGAAUCUGAAGCCACAGUUGUUUUUGCAACAACAGAUAAAAGCAAGAAGCAUCGUGGAAUUAGUGCCUUCCUUGUUAGUAAACCAACGAAAGGUCUGGAGCUGGGAAAAAAGGAAGACAAACUCGGUAUAAGAGGCUCUUCAACAUGCAGUUUGAUAUUUGAAGACUGUUCUGUGCCAGAAGAAAAUGUUUUAGGAGAGCUUGGGAUGGGUUUCAAAAUUGCAAUGAUGACACUGGAUGCUGGUCGGAUUGGAAUUGCUUCACAGGCUCUUGGCAUUGCUCAGGCAUCACUUGACUGUGCAGUUGAUUAUGCAAGCAAACGUAUUGCAUUUGGCUCUCCUAUAUUGAAACUACAAGCUAUACAGGCAAAGAUAGCUGACAUGGCUCUGAAGGUAGAGUCAGCAAGACUUCUGACCUGGCGGGCAGCACAUUUAAAAGAUACAAAGCAACCAUUUACGAAGGAAGCAGCAAUGGCAAAACUGGCUGCAUCAGAAGCUGCUACAUUCUGCUCUCAUCAGGCGAUACAGAUUCUUGGAGGAAUGGGCUAUGUGAGUGAUAUGCCAGCAGAGAGGCAUUAUCGUGAUGCACGCAUUACUGAGAUUUAUGAAGGAACGUCUGAAAUUCAAAGACUUGUGAUUGCUUCCAAUAUUGCAAAGGAAUAUGGACUGUAAGCAUGGGGCUUUGGUUUAACAUUAACGAUAAUUGGGUUGCUGAUGUCCUCUUAAUCUUGUAAACAAGAUUAAGAAAAAGUACAGAUGGAACGUAGACGUAAUACACAGAGGCAGCUUGUGUGAACCUGUGGAGUUCUACCCGACGGGAGGCCCUAGCCACACGGCAUUUCAUUUUUCUCAUUGUUUGCACGAAAGGAAAGUGACAGCUGUUUUUCCUCUUAACAUUUGUUGUACUUUAUUAUUUGCUAAUUCAGCUGCAAAAUGUAUGUGGAUGUCCAUUUGUCAAUAGUCACAUGUGUAAAGAAUUGUCACAGUUGCUCUCUAGGAAAAUUACCAUAAUUAUUCUGAGACUGCACUGCACACCCAUGUUAAGUAACUACUUCAUUGGUCUCAUGUCUCAAUAUUAAAUGAAAAUGUUCAUUUGUUUGGCUGCAGUAUUUGUGAGAAGUGACCUUUUUUUUUUUUACCCUUGAGUACUUUAUAUGCACUGUAUGGCUGGAGUAUUUUAAUAAUGUUAUAUUGACUGAGGUCUCUUAUAUCAUUAUAGGAAAAUGUUUACUAUACAGUGCACAAUUUUAAUAAUGAAUGUUUACAAUAUUUGAAUAGUAACAUUUAUUUUAUUUAUUGCAUAUUCUUUUAUAAAAGAGACAAAUAAGAGUGCUGUAUAUUAUAUAUUUUGAUAUAAACAUUUUGUAUAAGAAUUUGUACGUGUA